AUAGAACGUUGCCAUGAAAAAUAAGCAGUCUGUUAACGCUCGCUGCAGUCCGAAUGUAAACCGUAUAGAGUAUGGUUUCGUUAGAACAGAGACGUGUAAGGCGCGUGCGUUGAAAUUCGCGGCAAGAAUCGGCAAAGCUGAUAAGAAUCAGCGUGUACGCGCGUGCAAUCCGAGUCGCAGGCCUAGCGCGGCACGUAUCAGCGAUCAGCGCAAAUGAGUAAGCGAGUCUCGCGCGGUCUCGCAUAAAUUAGCCACUCGUUCGGAAAACCGUAAAACGAGCAGACAGUGAGCGAGAGAGAGAGAGGGAGAGCAGCGCCUGUACCCAGAAGAGCAGCUACUGCCGUUGCUGCAAACGUUGGUUGCACGCGGGAAUCGCUGGAUGCAGCAGCAGCCGCACCUCCGACGCGUACGCUGGCCGCCAAGAGUCAGUCUCGGCGCGCGGGAGAGAUACGCGAUGUCGCUGGAACGCUCGGUCGCUGCCCGCGCCUUCAACCACCUGUGAGAUUGCCGCUGCCAUGCUCUAGGCCGAUUUGAUACAAUGGCCCAGCUUGCAAAAUCCAGCAUUGAUGGGCUACCAAAGCAAUUUGUGUCCGCUAUGCGGACUCUCUUUGACAUCAUGGAUGAUCAAAAUACAGGUUAUGUCAGUUAUGCUGAUAUAGAGGCAAGAUGGAGAGAUGAUGGUACAUCGGACUUACCAAAGGGAGUUUUAGACGGGUUAAAGAAAGUUACUCCACCAAAUGGUCUGCUGUCUUUUGAAAGAUUCUGUGCCGGUCUAAAAAUAUGUCUACUACAUGCACAGGCUAACAGUGAGUCUAAAAAACUUGAUGGUAGUCAGCCAAAGAGGCCUCCUUCUGCUCCAGUCUUGGACAAUCAAUCAAAGCCAGUUUGGACCUCUCCUAAUACUGCUGCCAUUAGACCAAAUAAUGUAAUUUCACAGCAGAGAACACUUAGUAUGCCACAAUUGCCUGCCAGGAAAGAGACCAAUCCACCUUUUGAUAUGGACUCCAGAAUUUGUUCAGACUCCAAGCUCAGAAAAGUUUAUGGUCCACCAAAGCCCCCGCGUACCGGUGCAGCUCUAGACAGUAGAGUUUUAAAUGCAGAUAGGAAUUUUGACAAAUCAGAAAUUAGAACAGCCUUGCAAAAUUGGCAAAUGAAUAUGAUGAUGAGUAGGGACAAAGGUAUUGACAAACGACAAAUACCUGGUGUUAAAUAUCCACCUGAUCCAAAUCCAUUUUUACAUCCAGCCAGAAUUUUAGGUGAUGGCAAAGCUGUAGAUAUUCAGAAUGCUCAGCAAUUAGCUCUACAAACACAAAAGUCGCAACAUCGGCGUCGAGAACCAAGAAGACAUACUUUGCAGAAUGGCAUUGAUUAUAAUAUGAUGAAAAGAAUGAAACAAAUAGAACAAGAAAAAGACGUCUUGCUUCAGGGGCUUUCGGCCGUUGAAAAAGCGAGAGAUUGGUAUUUAAAACAAAUUUCUAUUACUCAAGAAAAGAUAAAAAAUUUAGGAACAAUGCGUUCACACGUGGAGCAAUGGACUGAGGCACAACAAGAGCGAUUAGAGUUGCAGAGAGCAAGGGUACUUGAAGUCAACAGGCAUCUUGCAGCUUUAAUUAGUAGUUGGGAACGGGGUGGUUUGCCAUUACACAUGAAUUUAGCUUUUCUGAGCACCCCUACAUCAGCUCAGUUACAGCAAGAUAUGCUUUCGAGGCUGAGACAACAAAAUCUCAGGUUAACAGAGGAAGUCAGUAAAAAAAGCCAUAAAAUAGCGCUAUUGGAGCAAGAAAAAGAUGGUCUCGUACGAGAGUUAUAUGAUCGUCAAACGGGAAUCGUUCAGUCCAGAUCUACGAUGAUUCACGAGCAACAUGAUCAAACUUUCAUAAUUUGAUGCAUUUAAAAAAAAGGCGCCUUUACAGAAAUUUCUAUCUGGAAAUUUCUUCGAGAUGAAAAGUGUAAAAAGACGUCUCUUGGUCAAUCAAAGUCAAAUAUUUGGCGCCAUUGAUUUUUUCAAUUUUUACAUUAAUGGAUAUAUUGUAAAAUAUAUUGUUAUUACGGUUUACAACCGCAUUUUGAUGCAAUUUUAUACUUUUAAGAUUUAAUAUGUGUAAUAUUUUAUAAGUGUUUUAACAAGCUGAUGAACUUUUAAAAGUCGCGAGCCAAUUAACAAGAGCUGUGAACUCAGUUCUUUCAACUAACUAAUAACAAAGCAAUAUAUAUAUAUAUAUAUAUAUAUAUUAUAAAUACAAGAAAAAUUAAUCGUUGCAU